UAAAACAGCAAAACUACUAGCGUUAUAUUCUACAGCUUGUUAUAUUUCACGAAAUCGUAACAUUUGUAAACAAGGCUGUUCUGGCAGCAGAACUUCGAAAUCGGAAACCCGCAAAGCAUUCACAGGGGAAAUAUUUGGCAUAAACAUACGACAGCUUAGCUAACUAUCUAAUGCUAGUUAGUUAACGUCGUUCACCAGAAUUGAACACCUAGCUACGGACCUUCAAAAUGCAAUGUUGUGUUUGGGGGUGCAAGGCCCAAUAUCGGAAAGGAGGAGGGUUAGGGUUUUUCCGAUUCUCUACUGGAGAGAACGAAAUUGCUCAAAGUCAAAGGAAAACUUGGAUAAAAAUGGUGAAGAUUGAAAACCCCGAACCAGAUCUGCCUUCCCGUUUGGGUGGUAAAUUGGUACUCCGAAUGGGAAACGACUGGCACCCUACUACCUCCUCUCGCAUUUGUGGGAGGCACUUUGUUUUAAAAAAACCAAACCUACAUCCGGACCACCCUGACUUUGCCCCAUCCCUCUUCCUUCGCCCAGAGGAUGAUGCCUUGAGUCCGAACACAGCUCAGACAGAAGGGAAAAGAAACCUGCAGAGCUAUGACAGGGCAGUGAAGAAGAAGAAGUGCCUUGACCUUAGUGAGGUUGGAGGUGCUGACCUGAGGGACAGUUAUGCUGACGCCACAGAAGAAACUGAAGAGCAGGACCUGGGCACCUGUGUAUCGUGUGAGGUCCUGAGGAAGUCCUUAAAUGAUUUGCAGUCCAGGCAUGAUGCUCUGCAAGUCGAAGCUGUCAAUCUCAGGGCGGAGAGAGACUUUUACAAAGAUAGCACAUCUCAAUCCCCUCUCUUUGUUGACACCUUUACAGACAGAGACAAUCAAAUGCAUACAGUGAGAGAAGUGCCAAGCAUGGCUAAACCAAAUGGUAUGAACCAACAAUGUACUGGGAUGGUUGAGGAGCCAUGUCUUAUGGAGGUUGAGGGGUCAUGUUCUGUGAAGGUUGAGGAGCUUUGUCCUGUGAAGGUUGAGGGGGACUAUGAUCAAGUGUUGAUUAAGGAAGAGGAACAACAGGUCCAAAUAGAACUUUGUAGCCCCUUGGCUAGUCAGGACAAAGUGACCCAUGUCUCCCAGGAUAAACCUACCCAGCAUAACAACAUUAUAAAGGCUACCAGGCGACCAUGUCUGUUUGCUCAGCAUAAACCCAUCCAGAUAGUCAACACAAUGUCACUCACCGGGGUGGUAGCCUCCAGGCCCCCAAGUCAGGUAACCAAGGAUAAACCCAUCCAGAUAGUCAACACAAUGUCACUCACCGGUAACCCCCAAGUUGAGGUGGACUAUGAUCAAAUGUCGAUUAAGGAAGCAGAGCAACAGGUCCAAAUAGAAAUCUGUAGCCCCUUGACUAGUCAAGACAAAGUGACCAAUGUCUCUCGCAGGUUGCCAAUUCAUGACCCCAAGGAUAAAACUAUCCAGCUUGCCAAAGCCGUAGUAGAGAGCCACCUAAUGACGAACCAUCUGCCUGGCAGCCAAACCACUGCCAAGCCUUUGCAGAAGACUCCUCUCAAUCUCAAGGGCAUCCCUGCACUGGGCCUUAACAAACUGGACCCGGACAAACUUUCUGCCAUGAGACAGUUUGUCACCACCAAGUUUCGCCGUUUAGACAUGCGUCAAUGUGGUAAAGACUGGGUCAAGUGCCGGCGCCAGAUAACCAGCAUGCUCAGAAACAUUCGGAAGGAGGACAGGGAGACGAGGGGGCUCUCAGGAAACCUUUUUAUGAGAGAGAAGGAGCUGAGUCUGGACUUCGGGAGGAACCAGGCUGGACACGCCCCCAUCCUCAUCAACGGGUCCACCGUGGAGACUGUUAAUAACUUCAAAUUCCUUGGCGUACAUAUCUCAGAGAAGGUCAAAUGCUCUAACCGCAUGGACACCGUGGUGAAGAAGGCACGACAGCAACUCUUCAACCUCAGGAUGCUGAAGAAAUACGUCCUGUCCCUGAGGAUCCUCACAGUGUUCUACAUGAGCACCAUCGAGAGCAUACUGUCGGGCUAUAUCACAGUCUGGUACGGCAACUCUACCACUGCGGACCGCAAGGCUUUUCAGAGGGUGAUACAUGUAGCCGAACACUGGGUACUUGGCAUAUCCACCAUUGGAUACACACUGCCUGCCCUACAGGACACCUACAACACCAGGUGUCGCAGAAAGGCUAAGAACAUCACCAGCACCCCCAGCCAUCCAAGCCAUGCCCUGUUCUCCCCUCUUCAAUCACUCAGACACGGGCAGUACAGGAGCAUCAUGACAAGGAAGAGUAACAGCUGCCUUGGCAACAGCUAA